CUUUUGUUAUCUGUAGGUCAACAUAACCUACCUAACCUAACUUGAUCAUCAAUAAGUCAAGAUUAUUUCUCAGGAUUGUUACUCUAAGCUGCGAGUACUGAAACAAAUAUCUUAUACUUUGCUUUUGUCCUAUGUUAUAAACAAUUUUAUAAAAUGAAACGUCUAUUGCAGUUUCUAGAAUUAACCAAGAAAUCAUUUGUGAGCGAUAAUUAUCAACGUUUACAUUUGGUGCUCGGAAAUGAAUCCUGUGAUUUAGAUUCCACAGUUUCGCCAAUGGCUUUGGCUUAUUUAUUUAGCAAAAAUAGUUUAUUGGGAGUUCCUAAAGAUGCUCUUGUGUUACCAGUCUUUAAUAUACCAUAUGAAAACUUUCCUACUAAAACUGAAAAUAACUUUCUUUUAAAUAAAUUCAACAUAAAAACCGAGUGGCUUGUCUUCAGGGACCAAAUUAAAUUUGAGGAUAUACUAGCAAGAAAAAAUGUAACAGUCUCUCUAGUUGACCACCAUAUUUUAUCCAAAACCGACGAGAUUUUACAUGACAGUGUUAUUCAUGUUUUUGAUCAUCGACCAGUUGAUCCAGAUAUGAAUUGGGACUCGAAGAAAGUUAUGGUUAAAAUAGAGGAAGUUGGAUCCUGUGCUUCUCUGAUAUCAGAUAUAAUUUUAAAGAAUGAUCAACAAAUAUUGUGUUAUGAGCUAGCUUACUUGCUCUAUGCAACCAUUGUGUAUGAUACUGUGGGGUUAAAGCCUGAAAAUGGACGAAUGAAAGAACUUGACUUGAAUAUUGCCAAAAAACUGGAAGAUCUAUUCAAAUUUGAUAAAGAUCGAGACUCUACAUUUGCUGAAGUUCGUCAGGCACAUAUUGAUGUGUCACAUUUAACAGUGAGACAAUUACUUUUGAGGGACUUGAAAAUUGUCUGUGAUAUUCCAGUACCUGGUUUACCUAUGUUGGUUGAAGAUUUUUUGAAAAUUGAUGGGGCUUAUGAUGAAGUUACUAAGUUUUCACGCGAGUACUCAGGAGGUGUAGUUGUGCUGAUUGGCUUGGAUACUAGAGGAGAAGUUAAGAGGGAUAUUGCCAUCCUGUGGAUGCAGGAUUGCAGGCUAAAAGAAGUUUUAAUUGAAAAACUCAAAAAAGCACAGGAAUUGAAAGGAUAUGAUUUCGAGUUUACUCCAGUAAAGACAUGUUUUAACAAUGUCAUUUGUUUGAGACAGGGCAAUGUGAAAUUGUCCAGAAAACAGAUUAUCCCUUUUGUUAAAGAAACGAUUGUUGAAUUAAAAUAAAUGAUAAUAUAU